UACAUUACUAUUAUUAGUCAAGUGGAAUGCGCGCGUGAUCAGAAAUUGGAAUCAGGAAUCACCCGCUUCCUUUCAUCCUUUCUGAUUGGUGCGCUCAUCUAACGGCACUUGGUGAACCGGCGCGUCGACUGCCAACAGUCGAUCUUGCGGGCUUACAAGUGCUGUUUGAGGAUCACCACGCGCAAUACGUUUUUUGACAAGGAUGUCGCAAAAAGAAUAUCGACUUACUAAAACUUGACAGUUCGGUGGUGUGAAAACAGGAAAGCAGAAUGCAACUGCAGCGGUUGUUGGUAAUUUUAGGAGCCCUUUUAUUACUAUCCUCGCUGGCAUGUUGUCAGUCUACUGGCAAAAUUACAUUUCAGGAUGGCGAUUCCGAACAUCAAACAAAGAAACAAGAAAAUCUCGAAGAAAUUUCAUCGCAACAGAGAGGAUUUAAUCCUGUUCAACAUGUAGAAAAUCUAUUCAAUUAUAUUGGUCUUGGAACUGGACAAAGUGUUGAUCCCUAUUUGGCAAAAGUUAAUGAACGUUGUUUAACUGGUGAUUUAGCUGAAUGUUUCAAAUCGCGAGCAUUAAAUUAUUUCUCGGACUUCUUUGAUCAUCCCGAAUAUUCUUUGAAUGAUAAUGUUUGCGUUAAACGAAUGUCUGAUAAAAUAAUAACAGAAAUACAGCAUCAGCCCUACGAAUACUCUAAUGAACCUAGAUCUGGUGAAACAGAAUGGGAGCAAAUGGUCAAUUUUAUGAAGAGAAAGAUAGAAAGAUUUGUUAAAACAAUGUCCUUUGAAUUGAUCAUUCCUGAUACGGAAACUGGCCUCAAUGAUGAAUAUAAACCAAGAUUCUUAGAUGAGAUCGCUGAUGAGUUUGAUACACUUGAAAACAAGAAGGAUACAUUAUUUUCUCGUCAUCGACUUAGGAAAUUUUUUCUACCAUUAUUGCUCGUUUUGAAACUUUUUAAACUGAAGUUAUUACUAUUACUGCCUCUAAUUUUGGGAUUAGCUUCAUUCAAAAAAGUCCUUGGAUUUUUAGCAAUCGUUAUACCUGGUAUAAUAGGUUUUCUUAAACUAUACAAACCGUACCCAAAUUAUUAUCCUCCAGUAUACACCAAAAAUGGUAUUGCUCAACCUCAUUAUGAAUCACAUUCAAAUAUUGAUUUUUAUGAAGAUCAUUAUGGAAAUAUAAAUUCCUAUGGUCAAGAUUUGGCAUAUCAAGGAUAUCGGCAUUAUAAACCGCAAUUUAAUUGAUUUAUUGAUUGAUUUUUAUGAUUUAUUUAUUAUAUUAUUUAUAAGAGAAACAAA